AUGAUCAGAUUUGUGCAGCAGACUCAGGUCCUGAAGAGUAGGGUUCCAAACCAAUUCGUGUCCGCUAGCGCGCGGCACUCUUUCAACCACUCACUGAGGUUCAACUCAGCGAUGGCUAUGGAACGAACACCAAGUCAAGAAGCUUACAAUUCUGCCCCAGGUGGAUCAACGCAAGCUACAGCUGCGGUGGAAAAAGUGCGGUCUUUGCGCAAAAAUCUUAAGAUCAACAAGCAACUCACUUCCACACCAGAUUCGCCAUGGUUCCAUAAAGUAUGUGCGUUUGAAGACUGCGUUGCUCAGACUCUGCACAUGUCACAGACACCUCGGCGUCGAACGAGAGCAAAUGACAAUGGAAAUCGUCAGCAGCGCUCUCAAGUUUCUCUCAAUGUAAACAACGCGAAUCCGUUGUUUUGGGACUCCAUUGGCCGCGCAAUGGGGCUUUAUCGCGAUCUUUUGAGUACACCAGAGCUCAACAGCGACAGAGUGUCCAAACUGGUGCACUUACUACAUAAUGGGCUUCGUGCCAACCGUAAUCAGCUUACUCGCAUGAACAAAAAGCCAGAUUAUGAUUCCCAGUCGUUCCACAAAGAGAUGACCAAUUAUCUCUGCGAGUCUCUCCGUGAGAUUUCACAGGAUGUUCUUUCCAACAAAGUGGAAUUGAACGAAUACGGUGCCAUGCAUCUUAUCACGGCUUUCAAAGAACUUCUUCUUUUCGAAGAAGCGGUCAGUAUCUGGCGCUCCGCCAUUUCAAGCCCCAAUGAGAAUUCGCGCACCAUUUUCCUCAACCCAAGAGUGGUUGGUGUUGUAUUGCCCAUUCUUUAUGAUAACGGAGUAACUUAUACCGAAAUUCAAGAACUUUACAAUAAGUCUUCUUCCAUGAUCAGCUACUUCCACCCAAAUCUUUCUGUGGGCAUGAUUAGAGCCUCUUUGAGCGCCGGCGAAAACGAAAUGGCUUUGAACUUGUUCCAAAAACUUUGCGAGGAAUCCAGUGAGAUGAAAUAUGGGUACUUGAUUGAGACCCAUCUCUCUUUCAUCGGUGAAUGCAAAGAUUUGAAUGUGGCACAGGCCUUUUUCGACAAAGCACUCAACAACGAAAUGCCAUACAAAAUCGAUUUGCAAGUUUCUUACGUGAAGUCGUUUUUGCGUAAUAUCUGGACUCAGACCCGUGACUUCCAAAAAUCGUAUGACAUAUGGUACAAGUCGUCCGUCCACUAUGGCCGUGAUGUCAAUCAUGGCAUCUCUUCCUCUUUGAACGAUACUUUCUUUGACAUUUUCUUCGAACAUUUUUCUCAUGACAAAAUUUCCGGGCUACAGCAACUCCAGAAAUUGAUUGACAUUUACAACAACAUAAAACCGAUUGACGAACCAUUUUUCAAUAUUAUUUUGGCCAAGUGUACAGUGUGGCGCGACCGUCAAAUUAUUGAAUCAAUUGACAAAGCGUAUGAACUUUACCACAUUCCGAAAACCAUUGUGGCCUACCGUAUUCUUUUGAAAUCCAUGGGCUCGGUCGAGGCCACGAACGCCGAGAUCUUCCAACGUUGGUGCGAUUUAGUCACGAAAUCAGAUGAAAUCGGACAGUCUUUCAUCGCAAAUGCCGACUGGGCGGCUUUGCGUGAUGCAACCGUGACAUGGACCCAACUUUACGAUCAAGUCGACAGUUAUAACGACGGAUACAAUGCUGCCAUGUUGGCCGCCAAUGCUUCUGGAGCUUUUGAUGAUAUUCCCCAGCAACCACACCGCCUACAGGACCAGGAUAGACUCAAUCUUUAUUUGAAAAUUGUCAAGCGUUAUUCACCUUACUGUCGCGACUCCAGGCAAUUAGCGCGGUUGACCUCUGGUACCGCCAUUAAAUACCCUAUCUUGCAGGACGCUUUGAGCACAUUCAAUUCGAUGGACGUCAGCGACAUUUUUGUCCCUCACUUUAAAAACCUAAGACAUAAUUAA